GCUCAAAUAGUGCAUCGAACAGCCAAGCAGCAUGAAACUUCAGAUUUUCCUCCUAUUGACGUGCAUUUCGUGCAUUUACUGCCAGGACAAGGGAUAUUGUGAUCCGGAUUUGUGCACCGAUUCAUGGGGCAACGUCAGUCCGCACAUUGGGUGUCCCGGCGUAGCGAAAGACGAGUGUCCAAGUGAUGCCCGUUGGAUCCCCAUUGAGAAGGAAUUACGUUCGAUUGUCUUGGACAAGCAUAACAGCUACCGGAAUCAACUUGCGGCGGGAAAAUUAGCGGGAUUUCCAGCUGCAAAGAAAAUGCCGACAAUUGAAUGGGAUGACGAAUUAGCGUAUCUCGCAUAUUUGAACGUCAUGCAAUGCGUUUUUGAGCACGACGAAUGCCACAAUACGUACCAAUUUAAAUGGGCGGGUCAGAAUCUCGGCUGGAGCGGAGGAUAUUCGAGUGAUAAACAAGCCGUUCAAACGAAUGUCGAUGGAUGGUGGGCCGAACACAAAAAUGCUACCGAAAGUGACAUUCAUGAAGUUGGAGAUUCAAAAUACAUGAUAGGACAUUUUACGGCGAUGGCUCAAGAUCGUACAAAUCGCAUUGGAUGUGCAGGUUCAGUUUAUAACGGAAAGGAGCGUUUAGUGGCAUGCAAUUAUUCGUUUACGAACUUGCAAGGAUCGCCAGUUUACGAAUCAGGAAAAGCUGCUUCGGGAUGCAAAACGGGAACUAACUCGAAAUAUCCAAGUUUGUGCAGUACGAAGGAAGAAGUUGAUCCGAAUCCUUAAGUUUGGCAUGAAAAUUCGUAAAAAAUAAAUGGAUGUUUGAGACUUUUGUCAGUUUUUGCCUGAAAAUUUUGAAAAAAAUUAAUUUUUUGACUUUAAAAUCUCCUAA